AGCGAGUGUGCGCACCCCUCCACCCCUCGUCGCUACACGGCCUGUCACAGUGGGGCGGUGCGGCAAUGCGCUCAUGUGGCCACGGACGAGAACCGUUCGGAACUGAACUAUUAUAAACAGUAAUGUCCUAUUCGCUGCCUACAAUCGUUAUCUUAUAGCGUACUCUAUGUCGUAUUAUACAGAUACGAAUUAAUACGUCGCGCCACAGCUCCUGUGUUCUCGCAACGGAGAUGGCACCGCGAAAAUCAAUAACACUGCGAGCGGUGUAUUGGAUCUGAGUCGUGACCCACAGUAUAUAGAUGCAAUCGCGUCCGUGUUGUGAUUAUAAUUAACUUUCAUGUGUUAUCAGAGCUAAGGCGUGAUCCCGAUGUUCAAUCACAAGCUACCGACUGACUUUCCAAUGCAAACCCUUCGUAAGAAAACCAGCCCUUGCAAAUAGGGUGUUUUGGUCCGAGGCGUUGGAGCGGUGUCGCGGCGGGAGUAGCUAACUUUUGAGGUUUUGUUGGGAAUAAUGCAGGUGUGUCAUUUCCAGCACCUCCUGCGCCACUUCGAUAAGAACGAGCCGGGUCGAUUUCUGGGUGAGGGGGUCUCUUUUCGGGCAAAAUUGAUCGGAGUUCUCGAGGUACCGGAAGCGAGGGGGGACAGGAUGUGCCAGGAAGCGCUGGCUGACCUCAAGAUGGCCAUCAGAGCCGCCGGGGAGCACAAGCAGAGGAUACAAGUACACGUUGCUAUCGACGGGCUAAGACUGCGUGAUGAUAAGACUGGAGAUUCUCUGUAUCAUCACCCAGUCCACAAGAUAUCCUUCAUAGCCCAGGACAUGACAGACUCCCGGGCCUUCGGAUAUAUCUUCGGAUCACCAGACACUGGACACAGAUUCUUCGGCAUCAAGACUGAUAAAGCUGCUAGUCAAGUAGUUAUAGCGAUGAGGGAUCUCUUUCAAGUGGUUUUCGAAUUGAAGAAGAAGGAAGUGGAAAUGGCGAAGCAACAGCUCGAGGGGAAGACGGUUAGCAGUCUCGCUAGACAUGCCGCCGUCACUGCCACAGAUAAAGCCAAGAGCGUUCCAUCCGGGGAGAGCGCUAAGACCGAGGGUCCGGAAGGAGGAGUGGCGGAGCUGGUAGACUUGGAGCAAGAACUAUGUUCACUAAGACGUGGUCUCACUCAAGUUGAAGGACUCACACCUAGUACAGAUCCUUUCGGUGACUCCUUUAUUGUACCAGCUCAGAAGGGCUUACUGCCUCCUCCUCCUCGAGGCCGUGCUCCCCCCCGAGCACCAUUUUCCCCCAGCAAGCCGAGCUUCGAUCUGACCUCCGACAUCGAGCCCAAGAUAGACUUACCGGAUAUGGAAAUACCAGAACUGCCUGAUCUGAGGGAGCCUAAAACCACCAUGGUGCGUGGUGGUGGCUACGACGUGUUCACGGACCUCGACCCACUGGGCACCGGACGGAGUAAACCUUACGUUGACAAAAAACUCUUCUUUCAGGAGCUCAAAAAUCCACCAAAGAAAGUGCUCAAAGACCUCGUACCGACGACGCAUUCCCUUCUAUCAGAUAUCUUGCCGGUAGAGAAAUCGGAUUACGGGCCGCCCACCACGAUGACGUCACUGACUCGUCACUCAGGAGGCACGGUCGCGGUAGCGAAACCGACUCAGCAGACCUUCUCACCGAACUUCUUUACAUCGGAUCCGUUCGCCGAGACGGAUCCCUUUGAUAACACGGACCCCUUCUCAGACACGUUCAAGGACGAUCCCUUCACCACCAUGGCUGAAUUCCCUAAGAUCAGCACCCUGAGGAUGGAGGAGCCGAAGAAUAGGGCCAAGGAAUCAAUACUUGACAAAGACAGUCUGGACGUGGAUAAGAACGUGUUCAAUGGACCGCUCCAAGUGUCUCUACCGCCGGAACCCACGCCCAAAUCCCCGAGACUAACCAGACAGAACACGGACACAAGCACGAUACGCCAGCGACCGACGCCUGGUCGUAUUAGUGGUGAGGGUGCAUCCCCCCCUCCCCCGCUCCCCCCCAAGAAGACCGACGCUGCCCCCGCCCCGCCCCGGCCCCCCCACGAACAUGAUGACGACACACCGCCCCUGCCAAAACCCGCUAGGAAGAAGGAACCAUUGGCUGACCGCAGCACUAAGCCGCGGCAGUCGUCCCUGGCGACGAGCUCGGAGGACGAGUACCUGUCCCCGGCGCCGCCUCCCCUGCCCGCGGCUCGUAGACUUGACAUCACACUCAGCCAGCUCUUGACACUCACCAUGGACGACCUGGCCGCUCGACUUCGGGUUCCAGCUGAAACAUUGUCUUCAAUGACGCUGCCUCAACUGACUGACUAUCUGAGAUCAUAUGUGGCUUCCGAGAACGAGAAGGCUCAUAUACACGUGGAACCGCUGAUGAGACCGGAGAAGGAAAAGGUGAUGCCAAUAAUACCCACGACUGUAUCAGAGAAAUUAGUAACUCUAGCGCCGGUGAGCCAGUUCAGACCUCAGUUCGAAGACAACUUCGCGCCGUCGGACUCCGCGGACACUUUCGUAGCGAACUUUGACGACUUCGAUAAGAAAGCCAAUCCAACUUACGACAAAUACGCCGCCUUCAGAGAAAUACAGGAGCAGGAGCUGAAGGCGAAAUCCAUAUUAGACCCGAUAGAACCCGAGAAACAAGAAGAUGGUGAACUGACCAUCAUAGAGAAGCUGAUCAAGACCGAGGAACAGAAGAUAGAGGAACGUAAGGAACUAGACAAGAGUCCGCUGAAGAGUUUGGACGAACUGACGAUAAACUCGUUCAACAUGUUCAGGAACACCGUCAGCCCGAAACCCAUCGACGCCAAGAUAGAAGAUAUAAAGACGGUCAUGAAGAACCUGCAGAUAGAACAGCAGAGACGCAGCGUAUCACCCAGGGACAACGGGCUGCCGGACACCAAACAAGAGGACACCAGCGACAGGUACGCCGCCUUGAGGGAAAUCACCAUAACGGAGCCGCCGGAAGACUUCGAAUCGAUACCACCCGAGGCGCCCAAGGAGAGGAAGAAAUCUGACGAGAAGUCCGACGGGUUUGAUAACUCAGAUUUCUUUGAUUGCAUCGAUAAUAGUUCGCUGUCUUUUAACGUGGAGGACGCGUUCAGGAAGAGUCCCAUAGUGAAGGAGAAGGAGGAAGAGAAGAAAGUAGAAGAGAAAAAGGAAGAUCCUCCGAUAGAAGAGAUUCCAGUAAGAGAUCUACAACCACCAACGAGACUUUCGACGGGUUCCAUCAGUGACGUCGCCAGUGGAUCCUCGCCGGAUACUAAAGGUGCGGUGGUGGGGGUGGUGGGUGGUCUCACUAGACUGGGCUGGACGGAAGGCUGGUCCUCUGAUUCGCGGGAGUCCGAGCCUCGCCAAAGGAGAAGACGGACACACAAUAGAGGACCCUCGGUACAGACAUCAUCAUCGUCUCGCGACGUGUCUCCGUGGGACGAGGAGCCGCCGACCAGACUAGCACGACCCCCCUCGCAUAGGGACAGGGGAAGGGACUCUAGGCACAAUUCAUCCGGUUCAAGAGAGUGUCUCGACUCAGGCAGCGGGAGGGAGAAAGAGAAACGAGACAAACGAGGCAGCAGAGAAAGAGACCUGAACAGAGAUGGCAGGGACUCUGCGAGAGAUAGGAGAGACUCCGGUAGUGGGAGAGAUAGGCGUGACGUCAGCAAAGAAAGAGAUCACAGAGACCACAGAGAGGGCAGAGACAGAAGAGAUAGACGGAGUAGAGAAAGAGAAAAGGAGUCUUGGAACAGAGAGAGGACUUACAGUAGAGAAAGGGACUACAGGGACUCGAGGAGCAGAGAGAGAUCUAAGGACUAUAGGGACAUGGACAGACAUAGGAAGACAAGACAUUCGUAUGAUGACGGAGAUUACAGUGACGGAUGCGGUUCAGGGAGAUCUUCGCCCAGGGAACGGUGGAACGAAAGAUGGAGGAGAGAUGAAAGAAACUAUGGUUCCUUGGGCUGGAGGGAGACUAGAGGGAGACGGAGGAAUGAACUGAGGCAGGCGGAGGACAGCAGUGAGAGGAGAUAUGGCUGUACUCUCGGCUGGCCCGGACGACGGUCUGCUGGUGGUACAAGGAGAGAGACGGAUAGAGAGAUCAGAGAUUCCAGGGAAUCUCGGGACUCGGGGCGGGAUUCUGGACGGGAUUCGAGAGACCCGCGGGACUCCGGCAGGGAGUCGGGCCGAGACUCCCGCGAUCCACGGGAUUCUGGACGGGAUUCGGGUCGUGAAUCCCGAGACGCCAGGGAACCGGUCCGGGAUUCACGGGAUCCGAGACGACGGCGCAGGGAGGAUGCGAGAACUAGACCACGGGAUUACAGGUUCUCGAACGACUUCUCUCCUCGUGAGAGAGAACACCCCUCGCCAUUUGAUAAUGAUUUCCAAGAUACUCCUGUACCGAGCGUGAAGAAGAAGACUCCUUACGCCACUCUGGAAGGAACCAGGUUAUUAUUCGAGGCGGAGGACAGUACGGCGUCCCCUCUAUCAGCCGGGUCCCUCCGCCGCGAGGGCGAGUCCCCCGCGGCUCGUUUCCGGUUCGACUCCGACUCGGUCUCCCCGCGGUCCAUGUUCGAGGACGACUUCACGCCGCGGGCCCCGUCCAUCGCGGAGGAGGACGAGGGGGACCCGGCCCCGCUGCGGACGAGGCCCCCGCGUGACGUCAGGAAGUCCGACUCGGUGGACAUCUUCACUCGGGAGUCCGACCCCUUCGAGGGCGACGCGUUCUUCGCUUGCACCGGCUCGGACCGGGUGGCGCGGAGAGAGAACUGGCCGGGCGACUUCCAGGGCUUCGACAACGUGUAAUCAUACGCACCCACGCUUCAGACCUGCUGUUCUAGAUGCGAAUACUCACUGUAGCCGUUUUAAUAUGUUCUCCAUAUAUUAGAGUGUUGUUAAGGAUCUCAUAUUGUGUAAUUAUAUACUGAAACUCCCUAAUAUUAAGUGAUUGUAAUCUACUGUGAAUUAUAAAACUUAGCGAGCCGUGUAUUAAUUCUGCCCGCGUCUUUUUAUUAUGCCUUUAGUGAACCUGUGAUAUAUGCUUGUGUUUUGAUUUGUUUUUCGCUUUAACAACUGCAGCAGAUCGUUAGAGGGUUGUUAAGAUUACUGACUUGAUUUAUAACUACAUAUUGAAAAAAAAAAACAAAAACCAUUCCUUACACUAAUCGUCUUUUUAUAUGUAGCGGUAUAAAGCAAAACAACAAAAAAAAUAUUCUGGGCACAAAGUUUAGAUACUCGUGGGUUAUUGAUCAUGUAAAUAUUUUCUAAUGUUGCUUUGUAAAUAACAUUUCCGUUCAAUUAAAUACUGUAUCAAAUAUCCAAAAAUCAACAAACACCCAGAAAUCAUAUUACUACUGGGAUUCCUAAUGAAAUUAAUGAACCCCCGUACAUUGUCUUGAUAAGAAUUCUUAUCUAUGAAGUAAUUCUUGUGUCUUUGAUAUCAUUUAUUUAUAUUUUUUAUUAUCUGACUUUGUGUAUUUAAUUUAUUUGACUGUUGAUAUUCUGCUCAUAUGUAACGGUGAGUGGAUAUUUCUUUGAAUUUUGACAUUUUGAUACAUGUAUUUAUAAAACCGAUAUGUUUCUUGUAACCACUAUAUUUUAUUUCUGUGAUAUAAUAAGUAUUGGAAUUUCAUUAAAUGUAAAGCAAUAAAAUUAACUUUUUUGAUGGAUGAUAUUUAAACAUGUAUGUUAUGUACCUCACAUAUUAAUAAAUGUAUUAAUGUCUAGCGCUGAUGUUAUCUGUAGUUUCUCGCUUGUUGGGUUUGCUUUGAUUUGUGUGUUACAUCAGAUUGCCCUAUUGAUACUCCUCACAUCGGAACAUGUUUUGUAUUUAUGUAUUUUUGUACAUAAAUAGUUUUAUGUAUAAUAAUGUGCAAUUAUUACUCCUGAAGAGCAGUACCAAAGGUAUUUAUGUUAUAUACCUAACUGUUGUGUAAAAUACUUAAAAGUUAAUAAACUUAUAACAACCUUU